AAAGAAAAAAAAAGCAAAGCAAUAAAGAAAGGGAAGAAAAGAGAGGAAACAAAGACAAAGGUUCUCAAAACUCCAUAAUUAUUUAAAUUCUUUCAAAAACGGUCCAAGCACUGGUGUUCACCUUAAGCUACUUAAUCAGUCUCAAGAGGACCUCUCAAAGUUUCUACAAAGACCGUGUUUGGGUUGCAACAUCAAGCUGAUAAAGUGAAAGAGAAUUCAUUUUUUCCUUUGUAAGCCAAAAAUAUCUCAAAGGAGGGAAGAAGAAUGAAUAGAGGUGUUCUUCAGAGCUCACCGGUGCAACAAAUGAUGACUGGAAACCCUAACUGGUGGAGCAUCAAUAUCAAUACCAUGCCUCCUCAAGCUCCUCCUUUCUUAUCCACUCCUUCCAACUUUCCUUCCCCUUAUGCACCCACCUCUUCUCUUCCCUUUCCUUCUUGGCAUGACAAUAAUCAAGACCUUCCUGAGUCAUGGAGCCACCUACUUAUGAGUGGGGUGGUAGGUGAAGAAGAUAAGGCUGGUAUGGGCCAGUUUCAGACUAAGAAGUUGGAGAACUGGGAGGAUCAAAUGCUAAGUCAAGCUCCAAAUGCUUCUCUUGUUGAUGUUAAACAAGAAAACUCCGCGAGUAGCUAUGUGUAUGGGCAUGGAAAUGAAGAACUUCAGUCAUCAAAGCCUUCUUGGUCUCCAAAAUCAUGUGUGACAAGUUUCAGUAGCAACAUGUUGGAUUUCUCUAACAAUAAGACAGAUGCGAGGCAUCCACCACCAGAUCGAUCUUCUGAGUGCAACAGCAUUGCAGCUGGUGGGGCACUCAAGAAAGCUAGGGUUCAACCUUCCGCUACAGCACAGUCUACAUUCAAGGUUAGAAAGGAGAAGUUAGGUGACAGAAUCACAGCCCUUCAUCAGCUCGUUUCCCCAUUUGGGAAGACUGACACAGCCUCUGUCUUGUUAGAAGCUAUUGGGUAUAUCAGAUUCCUUCAGAGUCAAAUUGAGGCCCUUAGCUUACCUUACUUGAGCGGUGGAUCAGGAAACACUAGGCAGCAACAUCCUGUUCAAGGGGAGAAGAAUUGUAUAUUCCCUGAAGACCCUGGUCAGCUGCUGAAUGAAAACUGCUUGAAGAGGAAAGCAUCUGGAGAGCAGGAUCCUCAAGAAGAACCAAAGAAGUGUCUGAGGAGUAGAGGGUUAUGUCUGGUUCCAGUGUCAUGCACACUCCAAGUUGGAAGUGACAAUGGAGCAGACUAUUGGGCUCCAGCCUUAGGAGGGGGCUUCCGUUAGAUCAAGUUUACAAUUGGGGCAACAUAUACAUAUAAAAAUGGUAGCAUGCAAAGAGGUAAAUUCAUGGAAAUGAUAUACCAUCAUGAGCAGUCAAUCUGCUAAAAAACUAAGGCUGAUUGCUCAUGAUGCUAUACUUCAUUCCUGAAUAAAAUGUGUGCUAACCAUGACGAGUGUAUGCAGGCCCUUGAAACUUCUUAAUUCAUGAAAAUCAAGCUUUUCUUUAUUUUCAUUAGCUUAAUUAAGAUGGUGGUAUUAAUGCGCUAUAUUUCAAUGUAUAUGCAAUAUUUGUAUGAUUAAUCAUUUGAAUGCUGCUUUUUUAGCAGCAUUAAUUGAACUGAUGACCAUUAUUAUGCU